CUACAGUAUCAGUAGUGUAAGCAUGUGAGAGGGGGUGGAUCAGAGUGAGACAGAGGAGGAAGAGAGAGAUAGAGGGAGGAUAAGCGAGAUGUCAGCAGUAGCUGUAGCCGAUAAGCAGGAGAGAAAAGAAAGAGGAGAUUUUCUUUAGGUUCAGACGAGAAGAGAGAAUAUCACUACUGUCUUUUUAAAACAAGCCAUAUAAUCUACUGCAGAGAGAGAGAGAGAGAGAGAGAGAGAGAGAGAGAGAUGCAGCUACCAGCCUUACUCGUGUGGGUGUGUGUGUGAAAGUGUGUGUGUGUGUGUGAAAGUGUGUGUGACAAAAACAGCAGCAUCAGAGAGGGAAGAAUCCAAGCAACAGCAGAGGAAAGCUGCAGCUGGUACACCGGCAUCUCCCACACACACACACACACACACACACACACAGAGUGUGUAAGAAGGUUUGUGUAGGAUGAACAGAUGAGAGGUGUGGAUGGUUCUCCAGAGCUGCAUUUUGAUGGGGAGGGGGUCGACAAGCAUCAAUAAGCAGAACAAGUCGUCUCUUCUCUUCCUCCAAAGAUGGACAUCUUCCUCUCUCCAGUCAUUCUCCUCUUCCUCACCCAUGUGUGUGAUGCUUCUGGGCUGCACAGUCACUGCUGCGCCGCCGUCAGCGUGUGUGUGGAGGAAGAUCACGCUGUAUGCUGUUGAGAAGAGGUCGUGCGUGCUAACACACACACACACACACACACACACACACACACACACACACACACACACACACACACAACCGACUACAAACAGGUCUUUGGGAAUCUAAUCACAGACAGUGAUCCCUCUCUCUGUACUAAAAGAUGGAUGGCAGUGAGGAUGAAGGUGUGCGCUUUUUACACUAUGUAGAGGACAUUGGCUUGAGGGCCUACGAUGAGCUAGUGAUCCAGAACGCGUCCGAUAUUGCACGUGAGAGCGACCGAGUGCGCAACCGCCAGCACUGGGCUUACCUUCAGGACCAAAGCCAGAAGAAGAGGCGUCAGGAGGAGGCUAUCAAGAGGAUGGGCGAGGAGGUGGCCGGAGUGGCAGAUGGAGGAGCUUACACGGGAAAACACUUCCGCAUGGGUUUCAUGACAAUGCCGGCUCCUCAGGACCGGCUUGCGGCACCGAGCGGGCCCGGGUUCACCGUACGCUCACAGUCUCUGCACUCGGUGGGAGGCAGUGAGGAUGAAGGGGGCAGCCCGACCCUACGGAAACAACCUCCACCCAAACCAAAACGCGACCCCAACACCAAACUGAGCACCUCGUCUGAAACGGUCAACACCACCCUCACCACAGGCAAGGACAUGAGGGACAUGGAGAAGAGUGACGAUUUAUUUUCUGCAGCAUUCAAGAGUCGUCCAUGCAGUGAGGAAUAUCGCCGCAUGCCUCCGCCCAAACCUAAGCGCAACCCCAACACUCAGCUUAGCACCUCUUUCGAUGAGUCCUACAUCCAAAACCAUGGCAGCAAAUUCAAGUCUGCUUCUUUACCCAGACAACAAAAAAAGAAGUCAAUGUCCCAGAAUCAAAGCCCAGCCUUGGACACUGAUGAGGAAGUGGAACCUGUCUACAUAGAGAUGGUGGGAAACAUCCUACGUGACUUUAGCCAAUUUACUGGAGGCAACGCUGAUGAAGAGGACGAUCAGGGAGAGAGCGUGUAUGAGGAGAUGAAAUACCCCUCCUACGAAGAAGCUGCCCUUUCAAAUGAGCAUUUCCAGGCACGCUUGGAGUCAAGCCUUACUCCUGCGGUUUCGGAUGUAGACCUAACACGAUCGUCACUCCCUCGUGCCUCACUUUGUGACAUACCUGCCCCCUUUCCUAACUUACUGACUCACAGGCCUCCCCUGUUGGUGUUCCCCCCUGCACCUGCACAGUGCUCCCCUAACUCAGAUGAAUCCCCCCUUACUCCUCUGGAUGUCACCAAACUUCCUAUGAUUGAGAACGUUGUCUUUGGCAAACCUGGUUCUUCCCCAACAACAGGUGAUCCUGGACAACCCUUGCCAGCACAGCAGGCUUUGGGUCAACAGCAUCAUCACCAUCAACAUCAUCAUCAUCACCAUAAGAAGUCAAUAGACAGUAAAGAAUCUUCAUCCACUCAUACGAUCACAGUGUCUGGACGUUCCUCGGCUCCACCUCUACCUUCAGCACUAUACAAAAGCGGUGGUUCCUCAGCGGCUCACGGUUACCCUCGCAGCCACUCCGCCUGUCCAUCUCCUAUCAGCAUGGGUCGCUCUUUGACCCCCCUCAGCCUCAAACGUCCUCCGCCGUACGACGCUCUGAUGACUGGCACGAUUCCCCGCAGUGCCUCCGGAGUGUCGCACGGCUCCCACGAGAGCGGACGGCUUUCAAACUCCUCCAGCAUCCACGGUGGGUCCAUGCAAAAUGUUUCCACUGCAUCAGGGGGAUCAGGGGGGUCUAGUUCGGGGUCAGGAGGCCGUGGCUGUCGAACACCGACUAGUCCGCUGGAUGAACUCAGCAACUUGUUAUCGUCUAGCAAGAACAUGCUGAGGAAAGGCUCUGGAGGACGCAAGAACAAGGAGCUCAGCGAGAUUGAAGGGAAGACCAGGAGCCACAGCAUUGACAGUAAAGAUCGUGCUCUUCGUAGCUCGUCCCCAAAAGUGCAGGACUGGGACACGCCCUCAGGACAAUCUGCUACGCCCACGCGUCUAGGCCGUUCCUCCAUCAGCCCAACCACUAUGCUGGGGGGCGGAGCCUCAGAACCGAAAGCCGCCUGUAAGCUCGGCCGUUCUGCCUCCACUUCAGGAGUGCCGUCUCCAGCUGGAACGCCCCAGAGACACGCCCCUGAGUCCUCAGCCAAUCAGAGUGGGAGCCCAUGCCAGAUGCCCCCGGUGCCAUGGGCAUGCGGGGACAACACCAUGAUGGAGAUGAUCGAAAAGAAACGGCAUCUUUGCAACGAGAUCAAGGCAAGGCAGAAACCAGACAAAGCUCUGUGCAAACAAGACAGCAUGCCCAUCCUGCCCAGCUGGAAAAAGACCAACGGGGGCAAAAAAUACGGCCCUCCACCCUACUCCACCCAAACCACAGUCUUCUGGGACACGGCCAUCUAACAUGAGGAAACGAGCGAUAAUCAGCUUUCAGGAAUCCGGUCUGCAGAUGCUGGAACAGUGUGGCGAAGAGGGGCGUGGUCAAACCAACAGUGGCUGAUUAGCCAAUAGGAACAAAGGGAAUUUAUUUAAAAUUCUGUAGCAAAUCAACUUAAAUCUGAGGGGUUUAGAUUUAAGUGUCCUUGGUUUCUUAGCACUGUUUGUAUUUCAUAUUUUUAUAUGGAGGAAAUGAAGCGGUGAAACGACGCUCGGUGCCGUUUGAGCUUCUCUAAAGCAGAAAGUCGAGUGGAAACAAUCAGCCAUGUGAUGAUAUGCAGCCCCUUAAAGAUGGUGCUGAUCUCUCUUCAAAUCGAACUCGGCCGCUUCGACGCCUGCUCCCUCUGGUGCUUUUGGACUCUUUAGUUUUCUGCUCAAAAGGACAACGCCGACUCUGUGGAGAACAAACCUGUGAAAUGGCUGAGAAUAGAUGGAUGUAAAAGCCUGUGCACAUGUUAACUUGACUUCAUAUCAUCCCUUUAAGUUAUUUCAGGUUUACUACAUCGGAGCCAGGUUCACUCCAACCUCUAGGGAAGAGCCAUAUUUCUGUGUUCAGCCGCUCCGGAAUUACGGAUGAACCAGAAUCAUGACUUUGAACCACUUGCCUAACAGAAGAUGAGAUCUUCACUGUACGCCUGAGUGAUGCACAUCCUGACAGAUUCAUCCAUGUGAUACUGAAUCAAACAGAAGUGAAUUAAACGAGUGUGAGUUUGUCCUCUGUGGUGUGUAGAAUGACUUUAUGUGUCACUGAUAGAUGAAAAUCGUGAAUCAAUACAACAACGUUUGUGUCAUUCAGUCACAGUCAUCGGAACCUUCACGCGUUUCUCAGUGAUCAGCAUGAACACACUCUGUCCUGUGAUUAUUUAUUUCUUUAUUUAUUUCUUUAUUUUGCACUGCUGAAGGCAAGUCUUGAUGUCAGUUUACACAUCUGAUUGCUCAGGUGUAACAAUGCCACACCCCUUAAAGAUGGUGGCAGUGAAACAGAAAGCCCCUCCCCUUUGUGCCAGCCACACCCAAUUAACCCUGUUCUCCUUUAUUAUUUUUAGUGCACACGAUUCCUCGUGAGUCCACUUACAGAGCUGACAUCCAUGCAAAACAUGUUGCCUUUCAAGACCUGGGUUCACUGUGACUUAAAGUGGUGGCAGAUUUAGGGAGGGGCUAAAAGGUCAAAGGUGAGCUGUGCGGUUCUGUUUAGAAGAAUUAUGACAGAAGUGGAAGCAGUUGUUCAUGUACAUGGUUCUGGACAUAUCUAGGGUCGGUUCAUUGUUCUGCUCUUAGUGCGUUUUAACAUAAAAACAAACCUAAAUUACAAGUGAAGCGUGUUUAAUUCCAGGAGCUAAUACCAGACUAAUAAAGAUUAAUAUUAAAUACAUAAAUAGGGCUAAAAGAUGGGGCUUUUGUUUCAUCUCAGACAUCACAGGAGACUUCUUAAUGAAGUUUUAUUUUCUUUAUGAACGCGCUAAAGCAGAGAGAAUUUGCAGGAAAAUGCAAAAACAAAACUAAUUAAAAUGGUGAACUGAAAUAAUGACAAAAACAUACUGCAAACAUAUUAGAAUUUUAUUAACAAAAGUUAAGUAUCUUGUAGAAACAUUAAAGGUGGGGUCUCCGUUGUUUGCAAGCCAAUUGUUGUGAUAUUUGAAUUCACCAAAACAAACACGCCCCUAACCCAAACGGGUCCCACCCCUGUAUUGAUAGCUCCGCCCACACAUACAUACGUAACCCAGGCAAGUAACGGAAAGAAAUGUGUCUUUAUCAUAGCUGAAGUGAAGAACAAUACGAUUGUAGAUAAACAAACAAGCAAAAAUGACACACAAGCAUAAUCAUGUAAAGGACAAAGACAUAUUAGUUCUGUGUAACAAAACAAAACCAACGUUACUCACCUAUCGAGAAGGAAAAAAGCGCCUCGGCGUCUUAAGUA